ACUUCCCAACAAACCAAUUCAAACAGCAGAAACUUCUCGCUGCUGUCUGGUGUUUCGUGGCUUUUGUCUUCGUCAACAUCUACAAUUCCACUUUGACUUCAUACAUGUCAGUGAGAUACCAAAAACCUGUUGUUAAUUCAUUUCAUGAUUUGGCGGCCAUCCCGUCCUACCAGGCGACUAUACUAACUGGAUCCAUCCAAGAUAUGGACUUGCUGGAAACAAAUCUCGAGUAUAUGAAAGUCAUCUACGAAAAAAUCAAGAAAUGCUCAUCGGAUUGCAGGAAAUUCACCUUUCAGGAAAUGGUUAAUCCUGUUGUACAGAAGGACAACUACGUUUCGAUAAUACCAUGGAGAGUUGGCAAUUCGUAUUUGGAAAAAUACAACGCGAAAAAAUGCCAAUUAGCUAUGGCGUACGAAAGAACUUCGUGGAAGCCCAUGUUUUUUGCAGUCCCAAAGUCCAGUCCGUACAUUGAGGAAAUUAAUCGAGAGGCCAUGUGGUUCAUAGAUGUGGGACUUAACAUGUAUAACAAGACACCCAAAAAACUGUGCCAGUUGAAUUACAACAGUAACGGCGUGUCGAGCAAGACAUUUAGCAGCCGUAUGAUAUUGGAGCAGUUCUACUUACCAUUCCUCAUUCUUUUCGGUGGCUACUUUUUGGCUUUUAUUCAGUUCUGUCGGGAAAAGCUAUACCCAAUUCGUUAAUGGUAUCCAAUUAGUUAUAACUGAGGAAUAUUCUUUAAAAAAAAACUCGAGUUUAGGUUAUAAUCAUAGUAUACACGACGCAAUUUAUUAAAUACACGAGCAAGCUGACGGAAACGGUUUUACAUCAUGUAAUGAAGUAUAAAACUUGUUUCAUUUUACUCGAUUAGAGCUUAUUGUAUUAUUUAUAGUUGAAACAUCUGAAAUAUCGUCCGGAUUAGAAUUUACGUUAUAAAACACUAUUACCACUGCAGAUUUUAUAACUCGAACAUUAAUAUUCGUGAUUUAUUUAUUUGUCUAACUCCGUGUCUCUCUAAGAUUCCUUGUUGAUCACCUUGCGAGAUUGGCGUUUGAUUAAUAAAAAUAACACCUUAUAUUGUUUGGGUUUUACCGAGUCCAAUGGAUGCAAGAUAUCCUUUCAAAAUGAUCUAAUUACGG